GGAAAUCGAACAAUACCCAAUCGGAAAUAUAUGACUAACGCCGACACUCACAAAGGGCGCAGUACUACGCCUGUACUAAUUACCCAACAGUUGGCUGGCCCUUACGGGUAUAAUACUGACCACAAUUUUAUCCACUACUACUUUAUCACUGACGACCAGUCGGCUCAAUACUGGUACAAUGCUGAUACCGAAGGAAUUUCAGUCGUGGACCAGCCAGUGUUAGUCGUAGCUGUGCCAAUUUCAGCGGAAUACCGGCAUAUUACGAGAGGUCUGUUACAAUUGCAAGCAAGGGUGGCUGCAGUGGCUGCACCCGACUCCAUUAUCCUAGGGCGUCUUUUUAACUAA